AUGCAGGACAGCAAACUAGUUGGGCUCUGGGAUGACAGAAUUGACUUGCCCAAUUUGAAAUACAUGGACCUUAGUCACUCUCGAAACUUGGCAACAACCCCAGAUUUCACUGGCAUUCCAAAACUCAGGACAAAUGAAAAAGUUGUCAAUGAUUUUUUGAGUGGGACGCCCAUUGAGAAAUUACCUUCAUCAAUUGGACGUCUUGUUGGCCUUACUUCACUGGAUGUAAGGAAUUGUGAAAAUCUCUUGGGUCUUCCGAGCGAAAUUUGUAAUUUGAAGUCUCUUCAAGAUCUCCAGGCGAAUGGAUGCUCAUAUGGUGACGAACACCCAGAAAACUUGUGGCGCUCUAUAAAGACCUAUAUGCCUAAUAAACUAGAGUUUAAUAAAUCAAGGUUUUGGUGGGGCCUCCAAAGAAAGGCUUUUGUGUUGGGUUCGCUACAUGGAUUAUGGUCUUUGAAGUAUUUGAAUGUGAGUGAUUGUGGUCUUUGUGAAGGGGAUAUUCCCGUCGAUAUUGACUGCUUGUCCUCUUUAGAAACAUUAGACCUUAGUGGAAACAAUUUUGUUAGCCUUCCUGCAAGCAUUAGAUGUCUUUCUAAGCUUAGGUCUUUUUCGGUGAGUGGGUGCCAAAGGCUUCAACAAUUGCCCCAUUUCAACCUUGGAUUGGAUGAUAAUGAAGGCUUCAGCGAUAUUUACAUUUGUUCGAAUUGCUCUGGAUUGGUUGAGAAUGAUGGCUACGAUGAUAGUAUAAUACUUGGAAUGCUUUGGACUGCUCUGGAUUGGGGAUUCCUUCAGGCACCUUUACUCACUUCGCCAAUUUCAAAGAAUAUUAUCGGUUUCGAAAUUGUAACACCUGGAAGUAGAAUUCCAGAGUGGUUCAAUAAUCAAAUUGUAACACCUGGAGAUUCUUUUAUUGUGGAGCUACCUCCAUGUACCACGUCCAUUUGGAUUGCUUUAUGUGCUGUCUUUGAAGAAGGUGCCCCUGUGGAUGACCCAAAUCCACCUCAUGACCUUUCCAGUACCUAUUUUCGAAUUGAAUGUCGCCUAGGAGAAGGUGCCCUUGUGCGUAGUAAAGCCAUUUAUAAAGGCCAUCUUGUGUCACCUCACCUGUGGGUAUCUUGUGUAUAUCAUUAUGUAGUCGACAAAGAAUGCAGUCGGAUGAAGAUUUCAUUCCAAUGUGUUUAUUUGGAGGGCAUAGACAGAAUAUGUUCGGGUAUAAAGAAGUGUGGGUUCCGUUUGGUGCACAAACAAGACGUGGAAGAACUCAACCAAAUCAUGAUGAUGAACCACUCCAUCAACAUCAGCACAAAAGCUACUUCUCCUCACAAUUCUCACAAUUCAGCAGAUGCAAGUGGAAGCUCUCACCAAAAAUCUCUCUGCCGCAAAAGCUAUGCUCUUUCCAAAUGGUUUUUAACAAAACUUUUUUUAUCAAAUCUUUCAACAAUAGCGAACAAUGGGGAUGCAUAG